AUGGGACGCGCGUCCUCUGUAGCGGUCGCAGCGACAACAGUCUUCCUUUUCUUACUGAUCAGCUGCGCGAAAGGAAUCACAUCUCAUGAAGAAGCCAGAGCGUCUCACUAUUUGCAGCAGCGUCGCAAAAGCGCGGGCGCGAGCUUCACCGCGGCGAGGGCGAAGGCGGACGAUGUGGCGGGCGACGCCAGCGCAGCUGCGGCGGCAUCGAUACAGCCGCUCUCACUGUCGUCGACGGCAGCUGCGGCGCGGAGAAGACCAGCCAUCCCUCAGCGGCUCCGCGCUCAUCCCCACUCGUCGAAUGCGGUCGUCGGGGUAGUCCCCAGUCAGUUUGAAAAUGGCGAGCCCCUGUCGUCAACCACCGCCGCCGUGGGUGCACCACGGCGCCUCUUGCAGCAGCAGGAGCAGCAGCAGGAACAGCGGCAGCAGCGGCAGCAGCAACAGCAGGAAGAGGACAAUGAGGACGGUGCCGCCCCCAGCCCUGGAAUAGGGUUGCUGCAGCAGCUUAUGAAAAUCCCUUUUAUUGCAGCCCUCUCUCAGCUGGGCGGCGGCGGCGGCAGCAGCAGCAACACUGCGGCGACCAACCCCAACGGCGCAACCGCCGCCGCCGCGGCGCUCGGGCCACUCAGCGCCCUGCUGUC